GAUAAGACAAAUUUUAUUGAACAUUCAAUUAGAGAUAUGAUGAUUUGCUUUCUUUUCUAUUUCUAACUGGUGAUGAAACAUAACGGUUUAGUUUAGGCUAGGUUCAACUAUUCUUUUUUGUUUAGGCUAGGUUCUUUCUCUAAAUUAUACUUUUGAUAGAUGGCAAAUGAGAAUGAAGAUGUUGGGGAUGAGGUGGUUGAGGUUACCGUUACAGGAUGCAAAAAAGAUAUAUGGCCUCCAAACAUAGAAUCCUACUUUAUUGGUUUAAUGGAGGAGGAAGUUAAGAAGGGUAAUAGACAAACCACUACUCUAACAAGGGAUGCAUGGAGGCGUAUCAAGGAGGAGAUGAAAAUCCAAUUUGGCAAGGAAUACACAUAUGAUCAAUUUAAGAACAAAUUCAAUCAAUUAAGGGGAAAAUGGAAGGAUUUUAAUAAUCUGUUGAAAAUGGAGACUGGACUUGGAUACAACUCAGCCACUGGAAAAAUUAUUGCCACAGAUGAUGAGUGGAAGAAACUGUGUGAGAAGUACAAGUUUGCAAAGCAAUUUAAGAAGAAAGGUUGUUUGAAUUAUGAAAAAUUGUGUGUCAUUUAUGGGGACACUACUGCUACUGGUGCAAAUCAGCACCCUUCUACCAAAAGUCCUUCAAGUAGUAAUGAUGAUGAUAGUGAAGGAGACUUUGACAAGGAUGAAGAUGACCAGCAACCUAAAAAGAAAGCACAUGUUAGUAAGGACACUAGGAAAAGGAAUGCAAGAGAGAAUGCUCAAGUGGCAUUUGCUAAUGCUAUGACAAUUUUUGGAGAACAUACUAAAAAGAAGAUGGAGAGGAUGGACAAGAGUCAGGUUGGACCAUCAACUAAUUCCACAGAAGCAGUUGGCCAGAGUAGUGAGCAGGAUAUGGAAAAAACGGUGACUUGUUUAAGGGUCCUUCAAGGACUUGAAGGCAUUGAUGGUGCUUCUUUUUCGAAGGCUUUGAAGUUAUUGAAAGAAGAUGCUAUGUGGAGAACUUUGUUUAUGGAACUAAAUGAUGACCGGAAGAAAGACUUUGUUCUGAAUCUUGUUUAGUUUGUUCAUUGUAUUUUCUUUGGCUAUGAUCUUUGACAUUUUGCAUCUUUAUGCUUUUCUUUUGAUUUUGACAUGUUGGAUAAUUGCCGGUACCUUUUGUGAACAUGAUGACAUGGAUUGUUAGAAUUAUUCAUCUUAUUUAUUCAUGGUGUCACUUUUUAGUUUAGACAAUUAAUAAUUUGUAUUAUUCAUGACCUGUUAUGAAAAUAUUGUUAACUUGCAGGAUUGUGGUGAUGGAUGUGAUAAAUAAGAAC